AUGCAUUUUGACGACAAUCCACAUGGGCGCUGGUCGGUGCAGUUGAUGUUGAGUGGUGUGGUGCCAGUCCAGGCGAAGACGGUGGAGAUGAUGAAAAGCUUCGAAUUCUCCUUUAUCUUCGCCAAAAUCGGUUUCUUCACCACUCUCUUCACCAACUUAUUUUUGAUCUACGCUACCGUAUGCCACAUGAGAAGACUCGAUUUCACUUAUAGGACAAUGAUCUCAUUUUUUGGACUAACCGGAUUAAUAUUCUCCGGCUGGGAGUUGAUUUCCAAACCGUUCAUGCAUAAUUUCAACGACUCCAUGAUAUUUUUCAGUCUAAGAACUACAGUAUCCCAGAAAUUUUUCCAAUUCUCGAUUGCGUUCCACGCGGCAAUUUGUGAAGCGAUGAUCGCGAUGAUAUCGAUUCAAUUUGUCUAUCGAUACUUCUCAUUAUUGAGACCGGACUACAGGAAGGAUGAUGGGAAGGGUACGGUAUUCUGGUUACUGUACCCAGUGGUUCCCGGUGUCAUGUACUUUUGCUCGUUUUAUAUUUAUUGUAUGCCUGAUCAGUUUACGGAUGCAUAUUUGAGAACCGAAAUGCUCUCCAGCUAUGGCCUCCAAAUCAUCGACAUUCCUCGUUUCAUUAUCGUCUCUUAUGUAAUUGUGUCAUGUAUCCGUUUAGCUAAAAUCGCAGAAAGCUUCCAGAACACCGAUGACACGAUCCGCUGGAAAAAUAUGGUCUUCCUUAUCCAAGGCUCCGUUAUUCUCGGCUUUCACUAUCUUCUCAUCCUAUUCUACGGCAUUAAAAUGCACUUCCACCUGAAGAAGAAGCUCAACGAGUUCUCAGUGACCACUACUCGCCUUCACAAGCAAGUAUUUCGAGCAUUGGUUGUACAGAUACUGAUCCCAACGGUCAUUUUCAUUUUGCCAUCCGUACCCAUAUUCUUCGGUCCUUUGUUAUCUCCUUUACUCGGGAUUCCUAUAAGCCUGAGAUCCGGAUGGCUCUGCUCGAUAUUCAGUGUCUAUCCGGUAGCUGAUAGUUUGGCUUUUAUGCUGAUCGUGUCGGAAUACAAGAAGAUUUUCGCAGUAAAAUUGAUUGGAGUGUUCGCACCAACUGCCACAUUCUCCGCACAAAGUUUUACAGUGGAUCCGAGGGUUCAUCCUAUGUAA